UUAUAUUGGAAGAGCUUUUGCUGAUGGUAGCAAUGUGAAGCAUAUACGCCGACAUGAGCUAGGGUACCCAGCCAGUCUUACAAUCGACUUCAAAGCUGACCAUUUAUAUUGGUCUGAUUUUUCCCUUAAAAGGAUCCAACGGUCAGAUCUAGAUGGAAAUAAUGUUCAAACUCUUGGCAUAACACUUAGGACCCCUGUAAGGAUUUUUGUUUAUGGAGAUGAUUUGUAUCUUUUGAGCUAUUUUAUGCUGGGGCGUACAAAGAAAACAGGGGAUUCUCCAUUGGAAACAUUGACGAAAUGCUUGGAGCACCCAAGGGAUUUAAGAAUAUAUGACAAAGAUGUUCAGACAACUGAAGCCUCAAAUCCAUGCAUUCAAAGAAAUGGUGAUUGUACUCAUUUUUGUUUCGCUGUGCCUAUGACACAAGACAUUCUCCAUGGGGAACUGGGUCGCCAUUGUGGUUGUCCGUAUGGUAUGAAGUUGGACACUGAUCUCAGAACAUGCAUUAAUCAUACAGAAUUUGAACCACCAAAAGAAUGCCCGCCUUCCAGAUUUCAAUGCAAAAACAAACGCUGUAUCAGCCAUUAUAGAGUCUGUAACCAGCAGGAUGAUUGUUAUGAUAAUUCUGAUGAAGUUAAUUGUACAUCACCUUCAAGGAAGUGUUUGCACAAUCAAUUCAAGUGUACAAGUGGAAAGUGUAUACCAAAUCGGUGGAUAUGUGAUGGAUACAAAGAUUGCCCUGAUAAUACAGAUGAAAAAGUUUGCAAUUUUAACUGCAGCAGUUUUCAAUUUCGGUGCAAUAAUGGUUUUUGUAUACACCGUUCUCGAAAAUGCAAUUCCUACACUGACUGUACUGAUGGAUCUGAUGAAGGCGCCUUCUGUGCUAAUCAUACUUGUCUUCCAUAUUUCUUCAAGUGUGAUGGUUAUAAAUGCUUAUCUCAAUCGUUUCUCUGCAAUGGAAGACGAAAUUGCCGAGAUGGGAGUGAUGAACGCAACUGCCCAGAGGCAAAAUGUUCUCCAUAUCAAUGGAAAUGUCCAACAUCAAAUAUUUGUAUCCACAAAAUGCGUCACUGUGAUGGUGUAGCAAACUGUGAAGAUGGAAGUGAUGAAGUUGGAUGUAAUGUAACAACUGCUGAAGGUUGUCGAGAAGGAUAUUUCCGGUGCUUAGGUGGAUCGUGUCUUCCCAAUAAUUGGCGUUGUGAUGGUCACAAGGAUUGUGAAUCUGGAUCUGAUGAAAAUUCAACCUGUAUCACAAAACCAUGUCCAGCUCACCGGUUCCGAUGCAAUACUGGUUUAUGUAUUCCUAAAAGUUGGGUCUGUGAUCACAUGAAUGACUGCAGAGAUAAUUCCGAUGAAGGCACCGCACAAAAUUGUCCCAGUCCAAAAUUCAGAUGUUCCUAUAGAGAGUGGCAGUGUCCUGGCGGACACCAAAUUUGUAUAAGUCUAUCAAAGAUCUGUGAUGGUAAAACUGAUUGUCCAGGAGGCACUGAUGAAAGUGCUACCUGUAAUUCAAACAGCUGUGCAAUUAACAAAGGCGGUUGUGCCUUCAGAUGUUUGCAAACGCCAUUUGGGGCCCAGUGCUUAUGUCCAGUAGGUCAAGAUUUCAAUAGUAAUGAAACUUGUGUAGAUUUAAAUGAAUGUGAACCCCCUGGAGUUUGCAGUCAACACUGCCUGAACCUGGAGGGUUCAUAUAAAUGUUCAUGUGAUACUGGUUACCAAUCAGAACGGAACUUAUGCCUUGCAAUUGAAAAUACAACAUUAGCUUCUUUGAUAGUGAUUGGUUUGAAGAGUUUCACCAAUGUCAGCCUUAAUCUUCAACCUUACGAAGAGAUCAAUAUCGCUGAUGCCAAAAGAAUAAUUGCUUCCAGCAUAGACAUACCUAACCAAACCAUCUAUUUUUCUGAUGCUAGGAAUAAAGUUAUUUCCAGAAUCAAAACCAAUGGCUCUGAUCAAACAGUUAUUGUCCAAGCAGGCAUGAUAUAUGUGACAGGUCUAGCUGUUGACUGGAUUGGCCGCAAUUUAUACUGGAUCGAUAGUUGGAAGAGGACAAUCGAAGUGUCAGAUCUUGAAGGUGACCAUAGAAUGAUUUUGUUAAAACUAAAUCUCUCUCGCCCAAUGGCCAUCGAAAUUGAUCCACGUGAAGACUUCCGGUAUUUGUUCUGGUCAGAACGUCAAGCAAGCCCUAGCAUUCACCGUAUGGAUCUUGAUGGAGAAAAUGAAAUUGUUAUUGCAAACAAAAAACUGUUCUGGCCAUCUUGUCUCACAAUAGAUUAUCCAAACAAAAGACUUUAUUUCAUUGAAGGCCGGAUGGAUUACAUUGGAUUCUGUGGAUAUGAUGGGAGUGGAUGGACACAGCUUUUUGCUAACGACCACUAUAUUACCAAUCCCUAUGGCCUCACCAUUUUUGAAGAUAUGAUUUACUGGACAGACCCUUUCACUAAUAAAUUAAUGGGAUGUCACAAGUUUAAUUGCAAGGCCAAGAAUUUAGUGCAGACUUCCUUGAUAAGACCUGUGAAUGUGAUUAGUUAUCACCCAGUUCGCCAGCCGACAGGUAUUAAUUCUUGUAGCAGUAAACCCUGCAGCCAUCUUUGCUUACUGUCCAAAGCAGCAAAAGGUUACAAAUGUGUAUGUCCUUCAGGAAUGAAACCAAGUCAAGACGGUAAAACUUGUGUUGAUGCUCAAGAUGAAUACUUGCUCUAUGCCUAUCGCUAUAGGAUUAAAGAUAUUGAUUUACAAAACUCAGCCCCAACAAGCAACUCUUUCAUGCCAAUAACUGAAUGGAGAAGGACUCUCCUAGACUUUGACUACAACCGUAAAACUAAUUAUGUAUAUUACAUUGUAGAACGUUCAUCACAACAAACAAUUACCCAGAUCACAGCAAGUGGUCAAAACAAGACCUCUUGGCCGGCAGAACUAUUUCUAGGUAAACCAAAUUCCCUUGCAAUUGAUUGGAUUUCAGGAAAUUUGUUCUGGAGCAGCACAAAUUCGAAGAGCAUACAUGUUAUGAAGAUGAAUAGUAACUUUACUAUUCACAAAAUUGUUUUAGGAAACUCCGGGAAUCAAACAGAUGUUUCAUUUCCAACAUCUCUCUGCCUGGAUCCAACCAAUGGAUUUCUUUACUGGACAGACAAAGGAAGUUACGAUAUUCCUGUUAAAAUUGGUGCUGUUAAAAUGGAUGGUUCUGACCCACAGAUACUUGUUAAGGAUAAUAUGCAAACACCAGGUUUCCUCACAAAAGAUCCAAGUGACCCAAUUUUAUAUUGGUCUGAUAGCCAGCUUGGUAAGAUAGAAAAAUAUGACAUCCUGAGAAGCGAACGUGAAGUGAUACUCAACGGCCUUAACUUUGUAACUGGUAUUGCUGUGUAUAAAGGAUAUCUUUAUUAUGCUCAGAAAGAUUUGGAAACAUUAAGUUAUGUGUCUUUGUCAGCAUUGAACUAUGGCAGCACUACAAUGAAAACCAAUAUUGCUCGUUUAGGAACCUUAAAAGUGGUCUAUAACUGGAACAAAUAUCCUCAAACAACAAAUUGUGCAGGCAGUAACUAUGGCAACUGCAAACAGCUAUGUCUGCCAACAGGAACUAAUACCCAUAAAUGUGACUGUACAAUAGGCUUCAAGCUGGAUUCAAACAAUCAAUGUACAACACAACAGAGAAUUAUAUUAAGAGCAGACUAUUUAAACACAAUCUGA